AUGCCGAUCUCCGGAGCAGGAACCGCGGCCAACACCGCUGCGGGGAAAACAUCGGCGCCUGGUCCCGCGAGAGACAAGUCAAAAGUGCUUGAACCGUUUCGGGACUCACAAGCUUGGGACGACGUGUACUGGAAUAGCUCGGCUCGUACUUACGGUGAUGGGGGCGAGUGGCCUAGUCAGGGUGGUGGUUCGGAAAGAGAUCUAAGAUGCGAUGUCUCCAACAGUAAGGAUCAUGCCGAUGACAAAGAGGAACUAUCUUCGGUUAUCAUCGACGACCUAUGCAUCAUAUCGCAAAUUUCCCGGCCAAAUGCCGACGGUGUCUCUGCAGAGCCACUAUCGCCAGUCAACCUCAGCGUGCUAGAGCCGUGGAAAGAGUUUCUACUCACCCAUUUUUCAGAAGCCAUCGCCCCCGAGAUGGUUGUAGUGGAUGACAUCAAUAACGGCUGGCGACGUUUGAUCCUACCAAUAGCAUGGUCAAACACAAUGGUAAUGGACGCCGUUCUUGCCGUGUCGGCAUUCCAUCUUUCGGGCAGGGCGAUCCUACAGCCCGUAGUCAAUCCGGACAGGCUCUAUGCCUUAGCAAUCAGUCAGCUGCUUAACCGCAAGGACCUGGCUGAUCGAAGUGAUGAGCCCAAACAACUCGUCGUUCUGGCCAUUGUUGUGCUUCUGGUUUCUGUCAUGGUCAAUGGUAUGCCAGACUUUCCAAUUGUCUUCCAAAUGCUGGAGUCCGCCGUAACGGCUAUUGGAGGUGAUGCCACCCUCACAGAUGGAGGGGAGAUGGGCAGCUUUCUUUUGAGGCAGAUUCGCAAAAUGCGAGUCUACGCUGCACCUCUGGUCAGUCAAGAUGCCGGAAAGAACGCAAUUUUGUACCAUGCGCGGGAGAGUUUCGACUGUCUCUACUACUACUACAAUUUGUAUCCCGAUCAUUGUCCAACGUUUGACCUUAUCGCCGAUAUCCGCCAGCAAGCCUUCAACAUGUACCUCUGUCGAGUGUUGACAAACGACAACGAAGCCCCUUUACUCCCCUCAUGUAUCGAUGCUAUCGAGACGUUCCAACGGAGCCUGCAGGCUUUCCCAGAAGGCGCACUAGGGGAACACAUACUUGUCUGGCCAACGUUCAUCGCUGCGCUCGAGUGUCAUACCCUUGAGCAGCGCCUAUUCUUUGAACAGUUUCUACUAAGGCAGUAUAAUCGUAACAACUUCUUGAACAUCCCGAAGGCUUUGGAGUUUCUGAGAGGUAUUCGGUUGCAGGAUACUCUUCAGUCAGACUGGCCUGCACUUAUUCCGAGACUUCGGGUUUUCAUCAUGUAG